AUGCAGCCAUUGUUGAUCAAAUACCGAACAUACUGCUCAAGUAUUGCAAUUUCUGCGAAUUGUCAGAUUGCCCGAUACGUGCGAUUGGGCCAAAUUCAGGAUGCUCGAAGAGUUUUCGAUCAAGUGCCCAAUAAGAGCAUUGUUUCAUGGAACUCUAUAAUUGCUGGGUAUUUCCAGAACAACCAACCCAAAGAAGCUCUGCUUCUUUUUGAUAAAAUGCCGGAGAGAAAUAUAGUUUCUUGGAAUGGGUUGAUAUCUGGGUUUGUCAAGAACAGAAUGGUAAAAGAAGCCAGAAAAGUGUUCGAUCAAAUGCCCGAAAGGAAUGUUGUUUCCUGGACCACAAUGGUUAGAGGAUACGUUGAAGAAGGGUUGAUAUUGGAGGCGGAAUCAUUGUUUUGGCAAAUACCGGAGAAGAAUGUUGUGUCGUGGACAGUGAUGUUGGGUGGGCUAAUUCAAGAUGGCAGGGUUGAUGAGGCUCAGAAGCUUUAUGAUAUGAUGCCAGUUAAGGAUGUAGUUGCUAGGACAAAUAUGAUAGCUGGGUAUUGUCAGAAUGGCCGUUUGGCUGAAGCUCGAGAGCUCUUUGAUGAUAUGCCACGACGUAAUGUGAUUUCUUGGACAACGAUGGUAACUGGUUAUGCACAGAACCAAAAGGUAGAUGUCGCUAGGAAACUUUUUGAGGUGAUGCCAGAGAAGAAUGAGGUGUCAUGGACGGCAAUGUUAAUGGGUUACACUCAGUGUGGACGUAUUGAAGAGGCCUCUGAAUUUUUUGAUGUCAUGCCAGAAAAGCCGGUUAUUGCCUGUAAUGCAAUGAUACUUGGAUUUGGGCAGAAUCGAGAGGUUGACAAAGCGAGAAAGAUAUUUGAUUCAAUGAGGGAGAAAGACGAUGGAACAUGGAGUGCAAUGAUGAAGGUUUAUGAACUGAAAGGGUCUGAAUUGGAAACACUUAAUUUGUUUUCUCUGAUGCAAAGACAAGGACUUAGGCCGAAUUUCCAUUCUUUUGUCAGUGUUCUAUCUGUUUGUGCCAGCCUGGCAAAUCUUGAUCAUGGUAGACAGGUUCAUGCCCAGUUAGUGAGAUCCAAGUCUGAUUCCGAUGUAUAUUUAUCCUCAGUUUUGAUCACAAUGUAUAUGAAAUGUGGUGAUCUUGAUAAAGCAAAACGAGUAUUUGAUAGAUUCUCCCAUAAGGAUGUAGUUAUGUGGAAUUCUAUGAUCACGGGUCUUGCUCAACAUGGUUUAGGAGGAGAAGCUUUACAAAUAUUUCAUGAAAUGUGUUCUUUAGGCAUUGCAGCGGAUGAGGUUACUUUUGUUGGAGUGUUAUCAGCUUGCAGCUACACUGGCAAAGUUAAACAAGGUAAAGAAAUCUUUGAGUCCAUGAAUUCCAAGUAUCUCGUGGAGCCAAGAACUGAACACUAUGCUUGCAUGGUUGAUCUGCUGGGCAGAGCAGGCAAGGUAUAUGAGGCAAUGGAUUUGAUAAACAAGAUGCCAUUCGAGGCUGAUGCAAUUAUCUGGGGUUCUUUAAUGGGUGCAUGUAGGACUCACAUGAAUUUAGAUUUGGCUGAACUUGCCGCAAAGAAACUUCUCGAACUUGAGCCCAAAAAUGCUGGGCCUUACAUCUUGCUAUCGAACAUUUAUGCCUCAAAAGGUAGAUGGGCUGAUGUUGCAGAGCUGAGGAAAAAUAUGAUGGCGAGGAAGGUGAGCAAGUCACCUGGUUGUAGCUGGAUUGAUGUGGAGAAGAAGGUGCACAUGUUCACUGGUGGAGAAAGCAUGCCUCACCCUGAGCAUUCAAUGAUCAUGAAAAUGCUGGAGAGAUUAGGUGGGCUGUUAAGGGAAUCUGGAUAUUGUCCUGAUGGUAGUUUUGUGCUCCAUGAUGUAGAUGAAGAAGAGAAGGUCCAAAGUUUGGGGCAUCACAGCGAGAAGCUGGCUGUGGCAUAUGGGCUUUUGAAAGUGCCUGAAGGGAUGCCUAUUCGGGUAAUGAAGAACCUUAGGGUCUGUGGUGAUUGCCAUUCCGCUAUUAAACUGAUAGCGAAGGUCACAGGGCGAGAGAUCAUCUUGAGAGAUGCGAAUAGAUUCCAUCAUUUCAAGGAUGGCUUGUGUUCCUGCAGGGACUACUGGUAA